AUGCGAUUCGCCGUACGGCUGUUCGUGCCAACAGCCGCACCCGACAGACGCCCAACAGCGUGCGGCGACGAUUCGCACGCCGCACGGGCAUCCAACCUGCUGAAUGUAGCCGCGCGGCUGCCGUACCGGUCUGGCGGCCGCAGCCAAUGGCAGCGCUGCAUCGUAUGACGUCAACGUCCUCCUCCGUCUCGCCAGCGCAGACUACAUCGACGCCAUUGCUUUGGACGACUGUGUUUUCGAUCGAGGAAGUUUUCGCCAUGAACCAAGCCGCAGUGCAAAAUGAACUGUUGAUUUCGCUCGUUCACGGGCAGCCUGUGCUGUGGGAUCAGAGGCUGGCGGCCUACAAGAACCUUGAUGCGCGCACGGCUGCGUGGGUUGCCGUCGCGAUAGGCCUAGGCCUAGCUGGGACGCAAGGUGACGUCAACGCAAUAAGCAAACGGUGGCGCAAUCUUCGCGACACAUUUUGUAAAAAAUUGCGCGAAGCGAAGAAGAAAAGCGGCGCUCCUGCUGGUGAGCCAGUAAGUUCAUGGAAGUACUUCACACUGAUGAUGUUCCUGCGGGACAUAGUGGAGCCUCGUGUGACCACCAGCAACAUGGACGCACUAGACGACGACUCUGUGAGCGAAAUACUUGGUGGAGGCAGCACGUUUGAAUCACCAAGAGAAAUGUUAUUAGACAUGGUUGAAGACACGGACACACUUUCAUCGAACUUGACUCCUGCAUCUCGGACUUCUUCCGCCUUUUCAUUUAAUUCACCAUCUUCUGCAGAGGCAUCGAAAUCCGUGACCCCUGCCUCUCAGACUAGCUCUCCCGUUUCAUUCCAUUCACUACCUUCUACAGACGCCAUUUCCUCCGCAUUUACACAGAACAAAAGCGCUUUUGCAAAUGUAACCCGUAACUCGAAAAGAAAAAAAAACGCAGACACAAUCCUCAAUGACAUCGACAAACAGCUAGAAACAUCAGUUACAGACAACCAACAUUUUCUUCUCUCACUGUCUAGCCAAAUGGAAAAAAUUCCACCCCAUUUACUGGGGCUGUGCAAGAUGCACAUCAUGGAUAUAGUCAACCAUUAUGAGGCUGGGGUGGUGCCAACCCAAUUACUUCCACUGCAGCCACCACAGCCACUGUAAAUCGACUGAAAAACUACAAGCCUAAUAAUAAUAUCUGGAGUUUAACGUCCCAAAACCACGCUAUGAUUAUGAGAGACGCCGUAGUGGAGGGCUCCGCAAAUUUCGACCACCUGGGGUUCUUUAACGUGCACCUAAAUCUACGUACACGGGCCUCAAACAUUUUCGCCUCCAUCGAAAAUGCAGCCGCCGCGGCCGGGAUUCGAUCCCGUGACCUUCGGUUCAGCAGUCGAGCGCCAUAACCACUAGACCACCAUGGCGGGGCAAAAACUACAAGCCUCUUUGUAAAACAAGGAAAAUGUAAAUUAUUUGUAAAUAUAUCUUUUUUGCAUCAUUGUUAAAUUCCCACAUGCAAGAUAUUCUUAUCACUCCGCGAGGCAUCGCAGCAACGAUUCCACACUGUCUACACUUAUUAAACCUGCCCAUCGAACAUUCGCUCGUCUUGACCAUGAAUUCAAAUUAGAACAUUUAUUUGCCCGAACAAACCUGUUUUUUUAUUCACCAUUACUUCUUGCUGUUAAUCAUUGGAAUCAACUUCCUAACGACAUUGUCUGUAUAAGAAACCACGAAGAAUUCACUCACAAAUUAAAGCUUCAUCUUGGUGUUUGAAUGACCUCGUAUAACUGACUCAGAUGUAUUUUAUAUGUAUAAUGAUUUAUCUAGCUUACUGUAUAACUCGGUCACCUGACUGCUGUUUAGGAGAGAAAUGUUCAGCCUCGUUUGUUCUUGUGUUACGCUUUUAUUUUUAGUGUGGUUUUGUGAUUUUAAUUACUUCUCUACGAUUUUCAUUAUUUACACGAUGUUAUUUACUGUUUCAAACUUUUAUUACUUUAUUGUUAGUGCUGGUUUUAUGUAUGUAUACUACUACUCCCCUUAUGUAAUGCCCUCGGGCCUUUAGGGUACAUGAAUAAAUUGUUCUGAAGCUCAUUGAGUUUUUUGUCUUGUAAAUAUUCUCCUGAAUUGCUUUCUGGGAAGAGCUUGCAUGCUAUUAGAAGCAGUGUUGUAGGCGUUACCCAAAAAAAGUAACUAAAUACGUUACUCGUUACGCUAAGAAAAAAGGAACGCGUUACUGCUCUACGUUACUUCUUAAAAAAGGUAACGCGUUACAGUUACAGUUACCCUAAAAGAGUAACGGACGUUACUUCUGCCGUUACUAUGGUCAGAAAUUUUAUUCACCGCAUUUCCACAGUAGGAACCCCAAAUAAGCGUUUUACAAAGCUGAUAUUUAUAAUUCACACAAAACUCCCAUCACAAAUGACAAUUUUUGCGCGAAGUACCGAUUUAACGAGAAUAGGUUGCACAAAUGUGUCGUACCAUGGCAACAGUAGUGUAGCCAGAAAUUUUCUCUUCUCUUGUCUACACAUGCACGCUUUAAGCUACACGGUGGACGCUACUUAGUGGGUGUCAUCAAAUACACUCCCUCACCUCUGGUGCAAUUCCAGUGCAUGCUAGUGUUACUACUAAGUAAUUUCAGCACAGUGUGGAGCACAAUGCCAGCACACCGUGGCAAGAAGCACAUCUGAUGUAAAUGAGGUCAAUAGCAGCAUCUGCUCUUUGACAAAAUAUGAGCUUCUGUAUGAAGGAAGGGCACUGGAGACUUCGCUCCCUGCUCGCAAGCUCUCCUUGCCAUGCAUGACUACAAUAUUUGCCUGAGCUGCUCACAGCGGAGUCUGCUUCUGCUAUAUGUUUUCUUUUUACCA